AUGUAUCAUUAUACCGGUCCGCGCCGCGCGGUGUGCACUGCAGUUACUGGCGAAGGCGCGCGUGUGUGGUUCCCCGUUGUUUUCAGCUUUACCUUCUAAACGCUACGACGUGCUCAAGCGAAAAAUCGUGAACGUGACGCUUAUAUUUGAUUCUACUUGUUCCAUCCGAUUCCCCAACAACAUACGUGAAGCUCUAAUACUGGUGGAUAUUUUUGUUUUAUUUUUUUUUUCAUUAUCUUGAUUAUUUUUUUGUUCUGUUGGUUAUUUAUCUUUUUGAAAGAUAAAGCAAAACGGGUGAAAAAAAUUUCAGUGAUAAGUUUGGUGUCGAGCAUAUUGGAUAUAUGAAUCGUGGAACUCCAGUGAACCGAGACAAGUUGAUUGGUUUGGCGAAUUAUUCUGCUGGUGAAAUUGCUGAAGUAAGUCAGGAGACAGUUGAGGUGCCAAUAGUGCCUGAACACUGACGGAUUACUUGGAUUGAUUUUGACAAUUGGCCAGUGAUAUGGGAAAAGUGUAAUCCUCGUGAUAAUCGGAAGAAUUAUCAGGUUUGGGGUUGAAAGUGAAUUGGGUAAUUCACGCGACUGUUUGCCGACGGCAAUUAUCGCAAAUGGCUGGUACGUGAAUGAUAGUUAUGUACCAUGAUGACCCUUCAAUCUAGCACUUGUGAUAAUCACCAUUGAUUAUUUUUUGGAUUUUCCAUUGAUGAAGAGCAACAUUCAACGAGCUUCGUCAAUACUGUGAUUCAAAUUAGCAUCUUUAAUCGAUAAUUGUAUUGUGAUAACGACACGUCGAGAACAUGUGGAGAUUAUCGGGUAUUUGUAAACAUCCCACUGGCAUUCGGACAGCAGCGAGCUGACGUCGGGGGUUCGGACAAUUCUUCAUCGCUUUGAUAAACAAAACUCAAAAUUAGGAUUAAUCGUGUGUGAAGGAGUGGACUUGAGGAAUCCGUCGGGUGUUGAUGUGUGUGACAAGUGUCCAGUGAUAUGACAACUGUGUUUAUCCCCAAAGGAAUAACAUCAUAUUCGUAGCACUGAUUGGUAACAUCAGCAUCGAUUCGUGUCAGUGAUAUAUAUAUCGAUAAUCCGACAGUGACAGAUGCCCACGAGGAAUAUUUUGACGAACGGUGAAAAUAUAAUUUCAUAAAUAAUUUUAUUAUUUUAAACCCUUCGAAUAGACCGCCGACGCGCAAGCUCGGCAGGCCCCAAGAUUCGGGCUCCGUGCGGCUUCAGGGUCGCCGCGACGUCGGCAAGUGCCGUGUACGGCGUCGACGUCGCUACUAAGGUGGAACGUCCGGGCAGCACGACGACGCUCAAUUUCACGGAUCUGGGGAGCCCAUUCGGGGCGGGCGACCCCUGUCCGUCGAGUACCCCGACCCCGAACAGCAUGUCCGGGGGUGGUGGACCAACAUCUGGUGGUGGUGGUACAACCACUGGUGCUGGUGCUAAUUCCGACAUGGAGCAACAUUUACACCAUGGAAUUGGUUCAGUAACCCCAGGACCACCUGGUAAUGGGGGUGACAGUGCAUCUAGUACACCAGUAUCGCAAUCUGGUAAAAGUGCAUUCAUCGAAUUGCAACAUAAUAAUCUUUACAAUCCAGCGAGUUUAAGAGGUGGUUAUCCCGGUGGACAUAAUGUGCCUGGUGGUCAUCAGUUCUCUCAUCAAGUCGGUUCACUCAGUCAUCAGGGUAGUGGUCCUGGUAGUGGUAAUCAACAGCACGCUGAUGCUGGCUUUCCAAGUCCAAGAUCAGCAUUGGCUGGCUAUCCCUUUGCACCGAUGCAUCAGCAUAAUUAUGGAUAUCAUCUUGGUUCAUAUGCACCACAGUGUCCCUCACCGCCCAAGGACGGUGAGUACCCCAACUGGUGGUGUAUGUUUACAGACCUCUCGCCACUCGGCGACAAAGGCGGUAGCCUUGCCGAUGAGCUUGGCGGCGGUGGCGGUGGAUCACUGAGAAACGGCAAAGGAAAGAAAAUGAGAAAACCAAGGACUAUCUACAGUAGUCUUCAACUUCAGCAACUCAACAGGCGGUUCCAGAGGACACAGUACCUAGCGUUACCUGAGAGAGCUGAAUUAGCAGCGAGUCUAGGACUGACGCAGACACAGGUAAAAAUCUGGUUUCAAAACAGAAGGAGUAAGUACAAGAAGAUGAUGAAAGCAGCACAGCAGGGUGGAGGCGGUGGUGGACAGCACGGAAGCCUGCUGGCCGGUGGCCCAUCGCCUCAGCCCGGACAACCUGGGGGUCUCAUGCAGGGCGGCGGUGGUAGUUCGGUGUCGGGGAGCCCGACGACGGGUUACCUCGGUGGAAUUGGGGGUGGCGGGGGUGAGAAUACACCGGGCAGCUCGACGCCCGGUAGUGAUAUGUCACCACAGCACAACGAGAGCCCACCAGCGCCAUCAUGGACCGGUGAAAUGAAACACCAUCCACAUGCACACGCACCACCACACACUCAUCAUCAUCCCCAUACGCCUGGCCAUCAUCCGCCUCCACCACCCCCGCCGCCACACCAUGCGGGAUACAUGCCACAGUACUCGUGGUAUCAAGCUGACCCCAAUCCCGGAUUACUCACAGUAUGGCCAGCAGUUUAACCUAGCCAGAGUCGCCCCUAACCUCCCCCACGGGAUUGGACACCCCAAAAUCGGCUGUUUCACGUACCAGAGGAAUUCCAAAGGCCGGAUCAAGUUGCUGUCGGGAAAAAGGUGCGAUCGCCCCCCCCCUCUCCUCAAUAAUCCCGAAAUUGUCACCGCAAAUCAUCGACUCGCGUGAAACAUCAUGAACUCGAAAAUAAUAAAACCACGAAAUUCAUUGUACUCGGGUUCAUUUCAUUGGCCAACGUGACCCACUUGAGGUUUUUUGAACCCUCGGGUCACCCACCGGGACUAACAGAGAGAGAGAGAAAAAAUCCUGAAAUUGCAGACAGAAGCAGCGAGUUGCACAAGCGUAUCUCGGAGGAAAAGAGUAUGGUCUUGGGGUUUGCUUGCGGCGGUUUUGAAUUAAUGAAAUCCUAAUGACAUUUUCGUGAGCGAAACGAGGCAAUCGCAGUGGCGCGAGAUGUAAUCAGUGUCUGUAGAGGUACCUCCACUCCGCCCUCUGUCUUUUCUAUCUGUUCUACUGGAUGAGGCAACCUCCGAGUUGAGGAUGGAAUUGACCGAAAAAAAGCUACAUCAGGCUAGAGAGGGGGGAAAAAAUUAGCUUGACGGCGCCGGACCUGUCUCCCUAGCUUCAUUAGUGUCGUCAGGGAACAAAAAAUGAGGGGAAAAAUGGGGGAACACACCUCCUUUAAUGCUUCCGGUCGAUUAGUAUUUUUUUCACAUUUUUUUAAUGUGACUGGAGCGAUGGGAUUGAGAUCGGGAGUGAGGGAUGGAAGUGGGGGUUCGAUGGACAGCUAAAUUUUUAAAUGCUCGUAACUGAGAAGAUGGGAAUUUAUCAAAUGUUUGCCUAUUUAAUAAAUAUCGUCAAUAGUCAAUGCCACUCAAAUAAUAUUUUUCAAGUAAUUAUUGUUACUUUCAAAAUAUUCCUUGUUUAUGACAAAAAUAAGGCACUUUCCAUCUCUACGUUACGAGGCAUUUUGGAAAAAUUUCUUUUAACGUAUAAUUUAAAUAGAAAAACCAACUUCCGGUGGAAUCUGGAGGGAAGGCGUACGUAUCCCAUAAUUGAUUCAUCUGAUCCGCUCAAUUAUUGGUCCCUCACCUGUUCGAGCACUGCCUAGCUCCCCCAUCCAUCAAAAAUCAUAAUGAGACGGAAAAUUAUGCAAACCUGCACGAACUAAGGUAUUCCCAUAAAAAAUGUACCUUUGAUUGGAGGAAAUCGAUUUGAACCCCCCCGUAUAUUUGUCCGGAAAUGUUUUUUCUCCCCUUCCAUCCCGUAGAAAUGAAAAAUGCACUUGGAAAGCAGUACAAAAUGCCCGAGUUUAUUUCAGCAAACCGGCAAUUUAGAAUCGCACGUAAAGCCACAAUCCCUUCUCCACUUGUGAGAAUAUCAUGCAAUAUUACCAUUCUCCGAAUGCAUUGAUUUCCCAUGGAAGAAAAAAAAAAUAGUGAAAACCUCAUGUUCGACUCAGCAAAACGAUUAUAUCAAUGAGACAUCGAGUCCAGGAGAGGAAGGAAAAUACCCUCUUAAGGGUGAAAACCCAUUAGCCAAUGCGCGGAAAAUUAUUUCCGGUUCAGGGGGAAGCUCUCCAGCAUUAAAUAAAACACAGCAAAAAUUGCUGUUGUAUUUUAAUCACCUCCAUUGUGCAGCACUCCCGAUGAAAAGGGCAUUUGUCCUUCUGGGAAGAGGAAAACGUGAAGCCGAAGAGUAAAUAGUAAAUGAAAAUCCAUUUCCAGAGCAAAAAAAAACGCGAGAAAAAAAAUCCCGAGUCAAAAAAGCAUCAGAGAAUUUUUAAUGUCUACCCAUCCUGCCCCGACUGCUCUCAGGGAGUAGUUCAAACCGUUUCACCUGAUGAAAUAAAUUUUUCUCUUGUCCAGAUAGCGACUGGGGCAGAAUGGGUAGCGGUGUGGAUUUUUUUGCUGGAAAAAAUUUUAAAAGACCGAAAAGGAAUAAAUAAAUGGAAAAGACCCCGAGGGUAGAGUAGAUUUUUUUUCUAGCGUUCACUAGCAUCCUGACGUAUUAACGUUUUCUCAAUAAAAAAGAAAUUUCCCUAUUUGUACAUAAGGCGCCGAGAGCCCAAAAAAAAAUUAGGUAUUAAGUCAUUAAGUGGAUCUGUGUAAAAUAUAACUUUGUGAUCUAAGAUUGUAAAAAAUAAUGAUAGUUGUAAUUGAUGAAUAAAAAAUGGAAAAAUCAGAAGGUACACGUAUAUAGAGCAAUCUGCCCUCGCCCGAGAGUUGACUACACGUGUGUUAAUGACAAAAAAUAAAGUGAAGAAAAUAAAAAUCAAGUGAGCGGAUGCGGUGAAUUAUUACUGAUGCUGAUACGCGAGAGAGAGAGAGAGAGAGAGAGAAAGUGUGUGUGUGUGUGCGCGCGCACGUGGCGAGAAAGUAAGAUGUUGUCUAUCAUAUGAUAUUAUAAAUUAGGAAAGAAGUCACCCACACUCCUGUCCUCUCCUUUCUCUCGAAGAUCGAUUUUACCAUUUUCCCGCUCCCGAUUGUAUUUUUUUUUGUAAAUCCGAAUGCUCCUUUGGUCUUUGGUUCAUGCGAUGUGAGUGAGAAAAUCGUAUCCCUCCUCUUUAACAUAGAUGUUAUAGAAGAAAACUAAAAUACCUUAACUAUGAUUAUUAUUGUAUAAAAUAUGAAUAAUAACUAAUGAAUUCAAUUUAAAUGAUA